AAACCAAAAUAUCAAUUAUUUGUAAAAAAAAUAAUGAGAAAAGGUAGAUACCUAUUACUUGAAAACUACCCGAUACCUAUUCUGUUGUAUUCCUUUUUCAAAUAAAUUUCCACAUCCUAUGUAGUAUAAAUUCAAUAUGAAAACGGAAACGUGCAUUGGUACAGAAUCCAUUAAUUUUAUUGAUUUGGACACAGUUUUCUUACAGAAUAUUUAAUUUAAUUAAUUUUCAAUCGAUCUUCAUUUUAAUAUUUCAUUAAUUUUGAUUUAAAACUUACAGAUAUAUUUACUGUAAACGAGAUGCACUCGUUUAUUCGGAUCCAGACUUCGGAAGUUACAAUGAAAGCUUUCCAAGUGCUUUGGGAAAAAAUAACUCAAACGAAAGCUCUAGAAAAUUCUAGCGGAGAGCUUGAAACGUUAUUCUUCGAGUCGGUGUAUAGAGUCUCUUACAUAUUAGGGUUAUCACACUCCGACCGUGGCCUGUAUGUGAUAUACAGUACUAUCGUCAAGUUAUUUGUAUCACUCUUGUUUGCGUUUGAAGUGACUCAUGCUAUUUUGGAGCCUGAAGACUUUGACGACGUCGCAGCUUCCCUCAAUGUCAUAGUGAUACAUAUGAUAGCUUUCUACAGAUAUAAGAAUACGCUAUACUUCAGUGAUUUGUACCGAAAACUGGCCGAAGCUAUGGAGUCUGAGACUUUCGACAUUGUAACGGAACGUCGGAAGAAAAUUGUGGUGUACUGGGCUAACGUGAAUGACAACUUUUUGAAACUAGUACUGGGCAUCGGAAAUUUAACUUUAAUUGCCUGGUUUAUAUACCCACUAGUGGAUGACGUGGAGUAUAACUUGGUAGUGGGUCUGAAGUUACCGUUCAACUACCGCACACCCCGGAGCUAUAUGGUAACUUACGUGAUCCUGGUCGUAGUGUUCUACUUCAUCUCCCACUUCGUGAUGAUCGUGGAUGUCAGGAUGCAAACCUAUCUGUUGCACCUAAUCUGCCAGUUCAACAUCCUCGCUGACUGCUUCGAGAAUGUUGUGGAAGAUUCUAGAAAUGCUGUACAACAUUAUGACAACAACUCAUUUUUGCAUUUGGAUAAGAAUUUUCAAGAAAUUUUAAAGAAACGUUUAAGAGGUUUGGUUGAACAACACAAAUCACUUUUAAGGUCAGCUCUAGACCUGCGCAGGAGUUUGAGUGGGCCCAUGCUGGGACAGCUGGUGGCCAGCAGUGUCCUCAUUUGCUUCAUCGGCUAUCAGGCUGCCACUACACUUACUGAAAAUAUAACGAAGUGCCUCAUGAGCCUGUUCUUCUUGGGAUACAAUCUGUUUGGUUUCUACAUCAUAUGUCGCUGGUGCGAGGAGAUUAAGACACAGAGUGAGAGCAUAGGCACGGCGGUGUACUGCUCUAAAUGGGAGACAGGGGUCGCUGUGAUCCCCACAGUCCGGUCCUCUCUGAUGAUGGUCAUCGCGAGAGCCAACAAGCCGCUCAUGAUGACAGCUGGAGGAAUGUACGACCUCUCUCUCAUGUCUUAUUCUAAUCUAGUCAAGACAUCGUACACAGCUCUCACAGUUUUACUACGGUUUCGCAAUUAGAACUAACAUUAUAAUAUAAUUAUAGUCUGCACAAGGAAUUAAUAGGAAUAAGAAUUCUCGGUAACGAGUGCUAAAGUUAUACUUACAAUUCGCAGACAUGGACAACGAACAUAAUCUACGCACGAAAUAUCAAACACUGAGAAAUACUUACUGCAGUAGUUUUUAGUCAUACCAGUUAGGAAAUGCACCACUCAAAACGACAUUAUACUAUCCAAAACCUUUGCAGCCGCUAUUAUAGCCACAAAGUGAUUCACGCUAAUUACCUUGUCAUGCUAUUGGCUGUUUAAUAAUAAUUAAUUAUUAUUAUAUAAAUAAAUAUAUGGACGGAUAGGUCAGACAGAUUGAGUUAGCCAGAAAGUAAGUUCGAGACUAACUCAGCGAUGCUAAAUUUUAUAACAUACAAAAAAAACCUUCAAGAGUCAAUCUGAAAAAGUUGAUUUUCCAUCUUGACCUGAUCAGGGAUCGAAGCCGUGACCUGCUGCGGCGUGGUAACCUACUUAGGUAGUCGAAAAUGUUUUAAGUGACAAUCAUGUACGUACUAAUGUCAUAAAUAAUAAUUAUAUUAUUGUUUUUAAGAACCCAUGUCAUUUUAAUAAAAUAAAAAAAAUAAACAAAAUUUUUCAUCCCUCCCAUUCAUUGAAAUUGUAAUAACUUUUAAAUUAUAUCUAGUAAAAUAUUAUACUCUUA